UCGCACUCCGACCGGGAGACGCCGGCGACUCCGACGGGAACAGACAACACCAACCCCCGCCGACAACCGCUCCAAGCCAUCGGUUUGGCAUUAUUACCCAAAGCAGCUUCCAGUUUGUUCCAGUGGCUGUUAGACUUGUUCUGCUGCCGGUCGUACUGCUGUGACUGUUGUCUGGAGAAGAAUGAAGACGUCUUUCCUCAGCGCAGGUACAAGUACACGUACGUCUACGCCGGGCGUCAUCGCACGUACUCGGAAACCUCCAGUCGGGCAUCUUCGACGUCCGAGUCCCGCCGAAGCUCGGCGUCCAGCACCUUAUCCAGCAGCCUCGCCGCGUCGUCGGCGGACCGCCGGGGGAACUCUUCCACCGCCCCCGUCAUCGACAUGCGCCCGAUCGAGUUCUGGCCCGCCGGAGCCACCAACAAGGAGUCGGUCCAGCCUCGGAGCAGAGCCAACCGGCUGAUGGGCACGAGCGGCAUCGUCGACGUCCGGAAGUUCCAGCCGAGGCUCUACGAAGUCGACGAAAACGAAGACGACGACAUGACGGACGAGGAGAAAGUGGCGAAGUACAAACUGGGCCAGCUGUACUUCAACUUCCACUACAACCUCAUCCACAGCGUCUUCAUCGUCACCGUUCGGGAAGCUCGGAACCUGCCGUUUCCGAUGAUUGGCGACGAAUCCCGACAGGACUUCGCCCAUUCCAAUCCUUACGUCAAGGUGUGCCUGCUGCCAGACCAAAAGAGUGCCAAACAGAGUUCCGUCAAGCCGAAAACGCAGAACCCGGAGUUUAACGAGACGUUCAAGUUCGAGAUCCCGUUCCUGGAGGUUCAGAGGAGGAUGCUGCUGCUGUCUCUACAGGACUACGACAAGUUUUCCCGCCACUGUGUCAUAGGUCAGGUCAUCCUUCCGUUGGAGAACUAUGACCUCCUGAAGGUCAGCAACGUCUGGAAACCACUUCAGCCAAGUUCACAGCUGAGCCCUGAUCGUGGCGACGUGCUGCUGUCCAUCAACUACCUGCCCAGCGCUGGCCGUCUGAACGUUGACGUCAUCAAGGCGAACCAGCUGUUACAGACGGACAUCAUCGGCGGCUGUGAUCCGUUUGUGCGGGUGCAGAUGGUGGUAGGAACCAGGCUGAUUAAGUCUAAGAAGACGUCCUGUAAGAAGAACACGAUCGACCCCGUCUUUAACGAGUCUGUCAGCUUCAACGUCACACCUGACGUACUGGAUGACGUCAGUCUCGUCAUCACAGUGUGGGACUACAACUGCAAAAGCAGAGACGACUUCGUCGGUAGGUUCGUGCUGGGGCGCCACCCUACGGGUGCGCAGGAAACUGCACACUGGGAGCGGCUGCAGGCAUCACAUCGGUCGCCAGUGGCGCAGUGGCACACCCUGAAGUCCCGGUCGGACUGUGACCAAUGCUCUCUUGCCUCGGUCGCUGCGUCCACGCGAUGACUGAAUAUAGCUGUCAAUCAUUAGCCCUUUAACCAAUAAGAGAAAGGCAAUUAGCAGUUCAACCAAUGAGAGAACGGCACUUCCAAAGAAUGGCUGCAAAUAUCUUCAGUUUGUCUGUUUUUAUUUUGUAUGUUUACGUCUCAGCGAAGGUGGCCGGCGGGGCUAUAGCUUAAACAGAACCUUUGUGAAUUUUGUGAUUCAAGGCUUUACUAACAAUUUUCAUUGCUGUAAGUGACUUAAGUCCAAUGUAACCAGGCACAGAGUUUGAUUUGUCUUUUAAUAACCAGACACAGUUCAGGUGGUAAAUUGUAAUUUGGGGGUGUUAAUAGGAUCUUGUGAAUAUUGAGUAACAUUAUUGUAAAAUUUUGUAUACUUUAGACAGUCAUAUUUCGUCAAUAUUUGCCUAUGAUUUUGGGGUUUGGGUAUAUCCACAUGUUGGGGCUUAUACAGUUAGGUUUUAAUAGCUGUUUAGUGUGUAUCAUAUUGUUCUGUUUGGUAUCAAAGAAUGGAUAUUCUACUGGGUCAAUGACGCUUUUUGUACGUAUUGCUCGCUUACGUCUUGCCGCAUGGUGGCGUCGCGCCAAGAAUGCGGUCCCAAACGCGACAAGUUGCCGAAAGGUUGGCUUGGUCAAUUCUUUUCUAAAGGUUGUACUAUUAUAAUAACUUACCACCCUGCCAAUUCAGGAAGAUGUAGAGGUGUUUUUAUUAUUCUUAAGGACAGAGAUGUUUCGCUGGUUAGUAAGUACUAAUAAUCUAGAAAUUUCGUGUGCGUGCGUUUAUCACUCUUUUACUAAUAUUAAUAUAUGUAUCAUCAUACAGUCUUUGUAUUUAUACAAUGUCCGCCAAGCACGUUUAUAUUCAUUCAAAACAAAGCUGGAGAAUAUUACUAUCAGGAUUCUCAAAUUAAAGAAACAUGUGUCAUAUAGUUAUCCAAGCGGAACCUAUAAAACAAGCAAAACAAGAAUAUUCCUGGAUUAAUGGUAGAACUCUUUCAGUUCAGAUUUUCAGUUUUAAGAGACAGAGUUUUACUAUUAGUAAAAAGUAUGAAAUGUUGAGAAACGUAAGGUU